GGUUCCAGCACGAGCCAAACAACCCUACGUGUCAGUCUCAUGCGUCGGUGUAAAUACAAAGUUUUUUUUAAAUUCGCGGCGUCCAAUUCUCGCUUAAUCUCGCAGCAGCAACAGCUCUUGCCCCGCCCCCUUGACCGCUUCGCCCCCGCAGCGCCGUCCGUUGAUCGAAAGUUAACGGGGAGCAGCGACUAAAACGAUAACUCCACUGCGACAUCAGCUGGAGCUGCCGGAGGAAAAGUGCAAGGGAAAGCGGAAAGGAAAGCCAGACAAAAUACUUAAUAUAUAUAAAAGUCGCAAUCGGAGAUGGCGGGUCAAAAGUUCCAGUACGAUGAGAGCGGCGGAACUUUCUACUACUUUGUGUUAUCUUUCCUGGCGCUAAUAUUGAUACCGACCACCAUUUACUAUUGGCCACGUAAAAAGAAAGAAGAUCAAGGCAAGCUAAAGGAGGAAUGUCAGUGCGCCGACUGCCUCAAAAAGAAGACCAUCUUGGCCAAUGCCGAGCCGUACAGAGCCCUGACCUCAUGGACCAUCAAGCUGACCAUUGUGCUGGGCUGGGCCCUGCUGCUCUUGCUGACGUACCGCGUCUCGCAGUUCGACUACGAGAUGGCCAGCUUCGAUCCGUUCGAGAUCUUGAAUGUGCCGCCGACCUCGUCGCAGGCGGAGAUCAAGAAGGCCUACUAUCGGCUGUCCAAGGUGCUGCAUCCGGACAAGGAGACGGGUGACGAGAAGUCCUUUAUGAUGCUGAGCAAGGCGUACCAGGCACUGACCGACGAUGUGGCCAAGGAGAACUACGAGAAGUAUGGCAAUCCGGAUGGUCCGGGUGCCAUGUCCUUUGGCAUCGCUCUGCCCUCGUGGAUCGUGGAGAAGGAGAACAGCGUUUGGGUAUUGGGCCUGUAUGGGUUGGUCUUCAUGGUGGCCAUGCCCUCGGCGGUGGGCGUUUGGUGGUACCGUUCCAUACGCUUCAGCGGCGACAAGGUCCUCCUGGACACCACCCAAAUGUACUUCUAUUUUAUCCACAAGACGCCGCACAUGCUGCUCAAACGGGCCCUAAUGGUUCUGGCUGCCAGUUUGGAGUUUGACAAACGCCACAAUUCGCAGGUGCAGGAACGGCAGUCGGACAACGACGAGGUGCCAGCGCUCAUCCGGCAGCUACCGAAUUUGAAUGAGAAAUGCAAGGAGCAUCCAUUGUGCCGCAUGUACUCCAUCAAGGCACGCGCCAUCCUGCAUGCGCAUCUCAGUCGCAUGCCCCUCAAUCCGGAGACACUGGAGCGUGACCGCCAGUUUGUGGUGAAGAAGUGUCCGUAUCUGGUGCAGGAGAUGGUCUCGUGCGUCCACCAACUGGUCAUGAUGGCCUAUGCCCGCCGGGUGCCCCGCUUGCCCAGCAUCGAGACGAUUGAGAACUGCAUGAAGAUGUCGCCGAUGAUCAUCCAGGGUCUGUGGGAGUUCAAGUCGCCGCUGCUGCAGCUGCCCCACCUCACCGAGGAUCAUCUGUACUUCAUGAACAAGAAGCGGCACGUGAAGAACCUGCAGCAAUUCGCCCAGCUAAAGCCGGAGGAGAGCCGCCAGCUGUUGAAGAAUCUCUCGGACUUUGAGUACGAGAACACCAUGAAGGUGUUGGGCAAGAUGCCGCUGAUCGACUUCGCCAUCCGUUGCGAGGUCAUUGACGACGAGAACACCAAUGUGGUGACCGCCGGUGCCAUAGUCACCGUUACGGUCACGCUGGAGCGCAAGGACAUGAAGACGCUGUUCGGUGACACCAAGGCGCCCGAAAAGCAGGGCAUCAAGGACGAGACCAACGAGGAGGCUGCCGGCGAUGACGAUGAAUCGGCGGCCGCCGCUGUGCCCGCAAAGAAGGCAUCCGCUUGGGCAAAACCACGCAAGGGGGGCAAGGGUAAGGGUGGCAAGAAAGUGGCCCAAAACCAGAAGAACAACCAGAAGAAGGUGCCCGCCAAGGUGGCGGCCACGUCAGCAACGUCAACGACCGCCGAGGAUCAAGCAGCGGCGGGCAACUCGGAUGCCGAAUCGGAGGCCGGAAACGGGGAGGGCAGCGACAUGGAGUCGGCUGCCGGCAGUGGCAGCGAGGACGAGGAGAAGGGCAAGAACAACUCUUCGCUGGACGACGACGACGACGAGGAGUGGGAGCGACUGCAGGCCAAGCUCAACAAGCGGGAGCGACUCGAGGGCAAGUCGCGUCUCUCGCACACCGUCCACUGCCCCUACUUCCCCGAGGAGAAGCAGGAGUACUGGUGGACCUACAUCUGCGACCGCAAGUCGCGCACCCUCCUGACGGCGCCCUACCACGUCACCAAUCUGGUCGAGAAGGAGGAGAUCCAGCUGAAGUUCACCGCCCCACGUUGGCCCGGCGUCUACACCUUCACCGUGUGCCUCAGAUCGGAUUCAUAUCUGGGCAUGGAUCAGCAGCAGGAGCUAAAACUGGAUGUGCAAAAGGCGCCUGCACCACCGACAGACCAUCCCCAGUGGGAUCUGAGCGAAUCGGAGCCGGAGCACAACGAUCAGCAGGAGAACCUGAGUGACUACACCACAGACACGUCCGACGAGGAGGACAGCGACUAGAUGGCACAGACCGCCGGAUCCACGGAUGGACGGAUGGAUGGAUGGAUGGACGCCCCCAAUCAACCUCAAACUCCUCCUCUCUAUUUUUGUGUGUGUUGGACGGAAGAAAAACCACUUUGUUUUCCUUUUUUAGUAAAUGAGUUUCGCGUGGCGGAGGAGGCACACCAAUAAUGCAAUGCGACCCCUUCCUUCGCAUUUUUACUAGUUUUGUAAUGGAAAAGAAGACCCCGGACUAGUGCGUAAAUAACUAUAACUUCAUUUUACCGUGUACUGUACUAAACAUAAUUAUAAUGUACUGUAUAUUUAAUUAUUUGGAUACAAGAACUAAAAGUGAGACACGUAAAUACAAAAGUCUAUUGAUAUUA